GAGUUUCUGAAGCUGAUGUCUCGAAAUUAGCCCUUGAAGUACCUAUGAAAUGAAAAAAUAAUUGCUGCUUAUUUAAAAGGCUUUUCAAAUUACAGAAGAUUGGCAUUUUCCUUCUUGGAAUAUCUUUUUCCGUUUUCGAUCGUGUUAUUGACAUUUUUGUGUUAUGUAAAUUAGGAAAGAUGAUAGUGGAAAUUUAAAAACACGGGCAGCUGGGAUAAUAAGUCCCUUCAACAAAUCCCCUCUGGCUAGGAAAAAUCCCUUUAGGUAUUUUUAUGUGAGAGGUAAAGAAUUCUGUCUGUAUCUCUGCUUAUGAAAGAAACCAAAACCCGUUGUAAAACAUUGAUAGUUAGCUAAAUAACUAGCUCAGUAAAACCACAAACAGCUCGAUUUGGCUGAUUCAAAACCUGAAAAAACAAAACACGAAUAUUUAGAUGUGAAUGGACUUGAAAUCUUAGCGGAGGGGGAGUCCCCGAGAGUUGACCCUUUUGUGAUGUCACUGAGGGGGUUUUCCCUUCGUGUAUGCGCUGUCAUUGGUCCUUUUAUUAGCCAUAAAUAUGGCGGGCAGACGCAGUUGUCAUCGGUACUUGUUUCUUUGUUUCAUCUUGAAGACUACCGAAACUGAGAUAAGGCGCCAUGAUCUGUGAACGUAAUAGCGAGAGGGAAGUUUUGUUCUCGUUUGGCUUAAUCACCGACAUCCAGUAUGCUGACAUAAACGAUCGGCAAAACUAUUCAAAGACAAAAUGGCGACGAUAUCGAAACGCUUUGGUUUGCCUCCAAGAAGCAGUCGCACAGUGGAAAGAAGAGAAGUUUCCGCCAGCAUUCAUAGUGCAGCUGGGAGAUGUUAUUGAUGGCUUUAAUUCACAUGCGAGUAAUAACAAAAGAAAUUUUUCAAAAGAAGCUCUCGACACCGUGUUGAACGAAUUCUCAAAGCUUCCUCACGGAACACCUGUGUUUCAUAACUUAGGAAACCACGAGCUUUACAAUUUCUCUCGCGAGGAACUUGCAAGAUCAGUUCUUCAUCCCUUCAACAGCUGUGCGAGUGCCUCAUACCUUAGCAUGCAUCAAAGCCAUCCAGUAAUGAGCAAAGGAGGAACCAAACCAUUUUAUUUCUCGUUCACACCACAUCCCAAAUUUUGUUUUGUUUACUUGGAUAGCUACGACGUAAGCAUACUUGGUGAAGAUGAAAGUAGCCCUCGGUUCAAGCAAGGCAUUGAAAUGAUACGCAGGCACAACAAGAACGACGAUCUACAGAGCCCUGAUGGUCUUUGUGGACUGGAAAGGCGUUUUGUCAGAUUCAAUGGUGCAAUAGGCAUGGAACAGCUGCUAUGGCUUCAAAGUACUCUGAGGAAGGCAGAGGAACAAGGCCAAAAAGUCGUGAUAUUCAGUCACGUCCCAAUCUACCCGAAAAUGGUAGACAGCAUGACAACAUUAUGGAACUACGAGGAUGUCCUUGAAGUGUUGUGGCAGUUUCGCUGUGUCGUUGCCUGUUUUCACGGCCACACUCAUGAAUAUGGCUAUGGAGUGGAUAAAAAAGGCAUUCAUCACUAUGUUUUUGAUGCUGUCAUUGAAGCGCCACUAGAUUCCAAUGCUUUUGCCACACUGCACGUCAAAGAUGAUUCUAUUGUCAUUGAAGGUUUUGGUAUUGUAGAAAAUCAAGUGUUGAAAUUUGCUCAGUGAGAUUGGUACCAUCUAACUAACAUGCGGUAGCCAUUGGUAAGGGAUAGCUGAAGGCUUUUGUCUUGUGACCUGUAAUUAGUAAGGAUAGGCAAGGAAAGGAGCGGGCGGAGGGGGGAGGGGGGUAUUCACAUAUGUUGUCUAUAUACAUGUAGGUGUGUGCUGCGGGAUAGGGCAUAACUUUUGAGGUUCCCAAUCCUUAAAUAGGGUAUUACUUUUGUCUCUGUUGGCAUUGUGGUACCAAAGUUGUAUCAGCAAAAAUUCCAGGGCGUAAAUGCCCAGCUAAACAAAAAACAAAUUCUCUGCUUGAUGCUCAACCUUAAGCUGAACCAUUCAUGCCAAUUUCAGGUCUUGCUUUUCCAUUGAACAGGGUGCCACUUUUCAGGUUUGUGCCUUAAAUAGGGUAUCAAUUUGUGUUUGCUUCAUCCUUAAAUAGGGUCAGGGAUUACCAAUAAGACCUUGUGCGGGACACACUUAUCUGACAUUUAUGAGUACCCCCGCCCCCGUCCUGGGUAAAGGAGAUUAUUUGUGGAAGGGCUAUUUAUGGUGCCUAGGACAAAGUUGCCUCACCCGAACUGUUCACCAGUUCUUAUGUUCCUGGGCAGAGAGAGGCACUGCCAGGGUUUAGUGCUUGACACAACACAGUGACCCUUGCCUUUGCAAGAACCCAGACUGUGGCAGAGCUCCCUGCACUAACCACUUGGGUUUUAAGUAAUUACAGAUGG